AUGGAAAUUCGUGAACGGUACCGGUUUUUCCUGGAAACUAUUCUGUUUCUUGUCAACAUGCUGAAUUUGGAGAGGGCUACUGAACGUUCUUGUCCUCUUCCGCCGCUCAUUUCAACUUUAGCGGCAUUGCAUUUCCUUGCAACUGGCACACACCACAUUGUGACGGCAGGGCUGCAUGGAAUCUCAAGGUCCAGUGUAUCUAGAGCAGUCAAGCAAUUCACGGACAGCGCUAACAAUGUUAUUGUCUUUAAAGGUUUCCCCCAAGUGGUUGGUGUGGUUGAUGGGACACAUAUCCGUAUUCAAGCGCCUAGCGCCAACGAAGACGAUUAUGUGAACAGAAAGGGAUUUCACUCCCUUAAUGUACAGAUGAUUUGUGAUGCCACUUUUCGGUUUGUUGACGUAGUCGCAAAGUGGCCUGGGAGCGUUCACGAUUCAAGGAUCUUUCGUGAAAGCGCCAUACGUCAGCGCUUUGAAAGAGGUGAAAUCGACGGUCUUCUGCUUGGUGACUCUGGCUAUGGAUGCAAGAUGUAUCUUAUGACACCAUAUCAAAAUACCGACAGUCCUUGUAAUGAUCAAUGUUCCUAUGAACAAAAAGAUAAUAGAAGGAUCACAGAGGCUGCAGAUCAAGAAAGACAAGUUAGAACAAAAGAAUAG